AUAUAUUUACAUUUUUAAUAAUAUAAUUAACGACUUCCUGAAAUUGAUAAUAAUUAUUGUUCAUUUAAAAAAAAACUCAGUCAUGGAUGGUAAUAUUUCUGAUGAAUGUUUAAAUAAUCCACAAUUUCUUCAACUAUUAUCAGCUACAUUGACUUUAGAAAUUUCAAACAAAGAAAAAGAAAUCCAAGAAACAAACCGACUACUUGAAAAUUUGAAAAUAUCUAUUGCAAGUGAUGUUAAAGAUCGGAAAAGGUUGAAGCAACUGAUCGAGAUUGAACAGCAGAAAAAAAAUGUUUUUAAAGCAACAUUGAAUGUCUUGCAAAGUGUUGAGAAUGAAAAAAUGCUUGAGUUGAGUCUUGUUAGAGAAAAACAAGAUGAAAAUCAAUUGAGAGAACAAAUUGAACAAGAAAGAUUAUUAAAAAUCCUAGAAACGUACAAGGAAACAUGGACAAAAUAUGAAGCUGAAUACGAGCAAUUUCCAUUAGCUAUCGAAAGAAAGAAACAUAAAAUUGAGGUAGAAAAAAUGAAAAUAAAAUGUAUGGUUCAAGAGUAUAAAAAAACAGAGUAUCAUAAAAUGUUGAAACAAAGAAAUGAAAUUGAUAAUCGAAAAAUGCAAUCAGUAGUUAUUAAAUUAUCUGAAAUAUUAUUAAAAAGAUGGGAUAAUCAAAAACAAAUCGAUGAAUUAACUCUUGAGUACAAAAAUUUGAAAAUAAAAUGGGAUAAAAUAUCUAAGCAACAUGAAAAAAUGAGGAUUGAGUUAGAAGCAGAAGCAAAAAACAAAGCAUUAGCAAGAUUACAAAUGCCGCCACCAAGAAUAGACUUUUCUUUUAUGCGAGCAGUAUACACUGAAUCUACAUCAAAAAAUCAGUUCGAUUAUUCACAAAGACUUCAUAAACGAUCUGAUUCAGAUUCAAUCUCAGUAAAUACUAUUAUGCUUGAAGAAAUAUGUCGGGAUGAACAAAAUGAUCCAUCAUUUACAACGGAAGACGACCGUGAAGAACAGAACGAGCCAAUAUCAUCAGUAACUUGUAAAGAUGAUUUAAAUGUUGAUACUUCUGAAAAACGUAUCGAUGAUGAGACAACUGAUUCUAAUACAGAGAUACUUGAAAAUGCAUGUAGACAACUAAGCAUCAAAGAGCAGACAUGUGAGAUUUCAAAUAAUGAAACUCAGAAUAAAAUUUCUUUUCAAAUUGAUGAAGGAAUAGAUUGUGAUCUACGGGAAACUCAAAAAACUUUUCCGAAUAAAAAAAGUAAUUACUUGAAAAAGAAAGCGGUUCCUAUUGAUGAGGUUUUAUGCCAUGAAAAUUUUGAAAAAAUUGAAAAGAAAAAACCCAAGUUAGAUCAUUCAUUUGAUAAUUAUUCACAAUCCUCGCAGAAGUCUAAAAAAGAAACAUUUUUGCCAACAAAACCUUCAGCCAAUAAUAACAUUCAAUUGCCUUCUAAUUCUGGGCCGCAAAUUAGAAGUAUUGAAAAAAUUUCACAGCCGUUAGCCAUCAAUCUUAAACCACCGAUGGCUGAAGUUCCUCCAACACCUUCAGCUUUAUAUUCACCGCAUUAUGGAUCUCAUUAUGGAAGUAGUACCAAUUUGUCUACGAUGAUUGACACAAAUCUAGACGAUUCAGAUAUGAAUUGGCUAAAGAUGGUGCCUUCAAGAUCUGGCUCUGAUAUAUCUUAUGCUUCAAGUUCAUUUGUCGCUAAAACUAUUCCUGUUGAUAACAAUGUUCAGAAACCAGCAAACAAUCCACCAACUGUGAACGUGACUGAUUUUUUGAACUUUUUUUCAACAAGUAAUCAAACAAAUAAACGAAUCUUUUAAAACACAGAUGAAAA